CGUGUGUGUGUCUUGUUUGUGAUAUUGUCAAAGUGUCAACCAUCCAUUGUUGCUAAUAAAGAGAUCCCUACGAAGCUUCCUCCUUCUUCACCACUUUCCCUUUUUCACUUUUUUCAUCCUUCAACACUAACCCCCCAUUUUUAUACACCUAAUCCACACCCCCCAUUUUUCAUUAAUUCUUGUUUCUUGUGUUCACUAAACACACUCUCACUUUGCAGCAGAAGAAGCUCCUUCACUUGUUUCUCUCAGUGUUUGCUUCAAAUUGGUGGUCAAUGGAACAUAGUUUGAAAAGAAAGGCUCCAGAAAAUGGAGACAAUCUACUCUUUGACAGCUUUUCGCUCGAUGACCUGAAUGAAGAUCUCUUUGAAAGGGUACUUUCGUGGUUACCGACUUCUAGUUUCUUUCGCCUUACUUCUGUGUGCAAAAGAUGGAAAUCAGCUGCUGCUUCUGUGAGUUUCAAGCUUGCCUGCUCACACAUCCCUUCUAGGGAUCCUUGGUUUUUCAUGGUUGCUCCGAGUCUCAACCAAUCUGUCAUCUUUGACUCUGCUGAAAACGGUUGGAAAAGAAUCAAUCAUCCAAAUCUUCUGCUCGAAGAUUCCAACCAAAGUUCCAUUCCUGUUGCAGCCUCUGGUGGUCUUGUUUGCUACCGCACAUUGUCCGGAAACUUCAUUGUGUCUAAUCCCGUGACCGGAUCUUGUUGCAAACUCCCUCCAUUGAAUUUCACCUCGGAAAAUCAGUCUCUCAAUGCCGUUGUUAUGAGUUCGGCUUUCAGUGAUCCAAUAUCCUACAAGAUUGUAUUAGUCUUUGGUGAACUCCCAAAUCUUUCGUUUAAAGUCUACAACUCGAGCUCUGCCUGUUGGGAAGACGAACAUGCUCUUGGGAGGAAGAUCGAUGAUAGUUCAAUGGAUUGUGAUUCAACUGGCGACAAUGUUGUGUACUUCCUUAGCAAGGCUGGCAAUGUAGUUGCAAGUAGCAUGCAGAGAAGUCCAACCAAGCAAUAUUCUUCGGUCAUUACUAACAAAGAUGGUCAGGAGAUAGUCUAUUUUCUUAGCUCCUUCGGGACUGUUGUAGCUUGCAAUUUGACUUGCAAGUGUUUCUUCGAGUAUCCUAGGUUGCUGCCGGUUUUCUGCGAGUACUCUAUUGAUAUCGUGGAAUGUAACGGUGAGAUGUUAGUUGUUUUGUUAUCAGAAUUCUUGGAAAGCACAAGUCUUAGAGUGUGGAAAUUUGACGAGGCUAACCGAUGCUGGCAACAGAUUGCAGCAAUGCCUGUUGCAAUGUCUCAUGAGUGGUAUGGAAAGAAGCCGGAUAUCAACUGUGUUGGUGCUGGCUCUCAGAUUUUUAUUUGCUUGAACUCUCCCGAGCUGUGUACUUAUGUUCUGUGUGAUUUGGUGACCAACAAAUGGGUUGAAUUGCCAAAAUGUUGCGUAAAUGGAGAAGUCAUAGAUUUUAUGUCUGCAUUUUCGUUCGAGCCGAGGAUAGAAGCAUCUGUGUGACCGCAAAAUGCCCUGGCCGGAUAUCUUGGUUUUGGUUAUGAAACAUUUUUUAUGUUUUGUUAGCUUGAAUUUUAAUUUGAUUUUUGUUUAUGCAACAUGGCUAGAGAUGGAAGCUAACCAUAAUGAUUGAUUGAUUGAUUAAUGACAGAUUAUAUUGUAAUUUUCUUAACUGAUUGUCAGAUGUAACACUGUUCUGAUUUAGUUGUACUAUUAUCAAUGAAUGAUCUUGUUGAUGAUU